GAAAGGGAGGAGGGGAGGGGGGUACCGCACUGUCGUUACGAGUCCAAGUGGAGGAGUCAGGAGGAGAGACGCAUUAUUGCAGCACACACACAACCCAAACUACCGCACUUCACACAGCAGCAGGGAGAAAGCGAAAGAGAGAGCCUCCCUCUCCUCCUGUCUGUGAGUCAAACAGCUGCAUAGAAGAUGUCUGCCCCAGAUGCUGCAGCCCCCGGUGGAGCCCCCGGUGCUCCAGGAGCCCCCGGUCCAGAUGGAGCCCCAGGCGGCGGACCUCCCAACACCUCCAGCAACCGCAGGCUACAGCAGACACAGGCCCAAGUGGAGGAGGUGGUGGACAUCAUGAGGGUGAACGUGGACAAGGUUUUGGAAAGGGACCAGAAGCUCUCGGAGCUGGAUGACAGAGCGGAUGCUCUCCAAGCCGGGGCCUCCCAGUUUGAAAGCUGCGCAGCUAAGCUAAAGAACAAGUACUGGUGGAAGAACUGCAAGAUGAUGAUCAUGAUGGGGAUCAUUGGAGUCAUUGUAGUUGGAAUACUAUUCUUGUACUUCUUCUACUGAGCUCAGCCCAUCAAUACAGAAGGGUACGGACUUGAGAAUGAUAUGAGAGGAAAGAGAAGAAAAAAAAAAUGAUACCCAAACCCCACUCCUCCCCUUUUAUCCUUCCUCUCUUCACAGUCUUCCAUCAAACCAUCUUGCACUUAUACAUGACGACAGUAGGUCGUAGGUGUCGCCCCCUCUCCCUUUUUCCCUCCCUCCCUCCCUCUCUCCUUCUUGCUUUCUUCCACUGUUUUGGCGUCCUGUCUCUGCACCUCAUGUAUUAUUGAAGGGCGCAGCAGGCGGAGGGAAAAGAGGAAGAAAGGAUGGGAAGAAGGGAGGGAGAAAGAUCUUGUGACACACGGGGCUAAGUCCUGUAAAACAUGGCUGUGAGAGGGGGGGUGUACCAUGUGCAGACGGGGAAUGUGUGCAGGGAGAUUGAACAAGAGUUUGCAGUCCUUUCGACCCCAGAUAUACGCCAAAGCUUGUUCAUAUUACCUUUUUUCGAUGGUCCUACAUUUGUAAGUUGAUACUAACACACUGCUUCUCUCACCACCGCUCCCAUUAGCGCUACUUACUAACACACGGUCAUGAUAGAUUAAGAUUAGAAAAGCAUUUUUGUGUGUGUGUGUGUGUGUGUGUGUGUGUGUGUGUGUGUGUGUGUGUGUGUGUGUGUGUGUGUGUGUGUGUGUGUGUGUGUGUGUGUGUGUGUGUGUGUGUGUGCGCGUGUAUUUGUGAUCCAAACCAUUGUAGCAAGUAGUUUUUUUGGAGUUUAGCUGAUUUUAUUGGUUUCCUUUCUGCAACAUUAUAAGAGAAGAAAUGUAAAAAAGGAAAGAGACUGUGAGAGUCUGAGGAAAGGAGGAUGUUAUUCAGGGGAAAGUAGAAAGAAUGUUUCCCUUUUUUAGAAACGCAACAUCUGGACUUCAAAUUCUGGACACAUAAGCAAUUAUUGAUCAAUUACUUGCAUAACUAUGCUUCAUUUUACCUUGGUUUUAGUACCACAGGUGGAGGCAUUGUGUUAAUGUUAUGCUUAGUGGCAUAUUGAUAUACACAACUGAUAAAUAAAACAGACAAUCUACUGUACACAUGAACUGAGGGAGGGCUCUUUACUCUGACUUGGACACAGCCAUAGACAGAUGAAUGUGAAGCGUCACAUAAAAAAAAAGAAGUACAAAAGUCAACUUUUGUGGAGGUUGUGCAGGAAUAUAUUAAGUUUGUUUGUUGUAGGGGAAUGGGGGAUAAGGACAUGAUUUAGAAACCCAGACCCACCUCCCGUCCCCACUCACUUCAAAAACAGACUCACCUGCAGAGAUGCAACAUGAGGAGUUUGUUUCUAACUUGCAUGGCAAACCGUGUCCAUAGUUUUGCCUUUUUGUGUGAUAUGUGUAUCUGCCAUUUCUGAACCUAACUGCCGAUUGUACAUUUUCUUUUGUUAGUGGUUUAAUCGACCUGUGUAUAUGUCUUUCUGAUCUUAAAAAAAUAAUAAUAACGCUUAUGCAAUGCAAUGAUGCUCAAGAGUUUGCCAACAUUUGAUUAAUUUCACUUGCUCUCUCUCCUAAAUUAUAUUCAGAGACUGCAAACAACUGCUACUAUAGUGAGCUGUAGAAAACAUGUAGUAUGGAUUGAUUAUUAGCACACAUGUCAGAUUACGCUCCUGAACAUGUGUUUAUGAACUCUUCAGGUUUUAUGGGGGGUUGUUAGAUAUAAAAGCAAAGCUAAUUUUGAGAGUUGAUUAAAUGAAGAUGCAUAAUGUAGCAGUUAGUUGUAAUUAUCUGAUGACGUUGUGCAGCGAUGUGAUCAGGUUAUUACCACGUGAGAUAUGAGGACAUGUUUUGUGAUUUAAAACCGGGAAAUGCAGUAAGAUGAUGCAACUGAAAAACAAAUGCAUGCUUACCACUUUUGCUGAUGCCAAUAAAUAAAUCAUCAACAGAA